AAAUUUAUCCAUUUGAGAUGUAUAAGAGAAAAUAAUCAAUUAUUAAUUAUAAGAAAAAAAAUUAAAGAGACCUAUAACUAAUAAAUACAAAUCAUCCCUACCUAUUUUACAUUGCAAUAAUCAAUCUUAAUUAAAGUGCUUGAUUCCUACAUAUAGAAAUGAAACUCACCUAUACUUACGUGUGAGUAGGAGUAUUAAGGGCGUAAGAUGGGUGUUGUACACGUAUUAGAUGAUUUCUUCUUUCUUGAUUACCAUUUGACAUUUGUCAUUUGCCAAAUACAUGCAGUUUAUACGUGCCAAUUUAGCAGGUAGGAAAAGUUUUCCACAACAAAACAUGCAGGUAGUGGUUCUUCUCUAAAAACACUAUAUCCCAGUGAUCCGGAACUUUCCCAAUACCAAACCCAAAAAAUGGCGAGAGAAAAGAAAGGAAAUCCAAAGAAAAGAACAGAAGGCAGUGCAACAAUCAGCAGCAAAAACAAAGAGAAAAGAGAAGAAGGAUGCAACAAAUUCCUACAACUUCCAAAGGCUUUGAUCGUGGAGAUUCUCUCAAGGGUAUUGUCCAUCAAAACCCUCCUGAAUUGCAGGUGCGUUUGCAAAGAGUGGCUUUCCUUAAUUUUCGACCCCGAAUUUACUCGUCUCCACGCUUCAAGAUCACCCAUUGGCAUCUUGAUCAAGACCUAUCCCCCUAUAAGAAAAUCUAGGAGACUUGAUUUCACCCAUAUACUAGAUUCUGCUGGUUCUGAUUUGCAGCUCGAGAAAAUAAGGUUUAGUCCCAAAAAUAGCCUGCCCAUCGGGGCCAUGCCCGAAUUUCGCUUGAUAAACUCAUGCAAUGGCUUACUUUGCUUUUCUGGAGCUAAUAGAGAUUACCCCUGUUUUGUGUGCAAUCCGAUAUUAGGUGAGUAUAUUACUAUCCCACAUACUGAUAACACUCGAAAUCGAAAUAGUUGCUUUUUCGUUGGACUUGGUUUUAGCUCCGCGAUGAAUGAAUAUAAGGUGUUGCGAAUGACCAAUGGGACGGAGGCUGAGGUUUACACCAUUGGUUCGGGAGUGUGGAGAAGUAUUGGAAAUGCUCCUGGAGACAUUGAUCAGUUGCCAUUCAAUGCUUUUCUGCAUGGAGCGCUUCAUUGGGUUUCAUAUAGUAGUAAAAGUCCCGAGUUUAUACACUCUUUCGACUUUGAAACAGAACAGUUUCGACCCCUACCCGUCCCUAGCUUACCCGUGAAUCAAUUUUCGGAUUGUUUCCUUUUGGAAGUGAUAGGAGGCUGUCUCCAUUUGUGUGUGUUUGGGGAUGAUUGUAGUAAAUUUGACAUGUGGGUAAUGAAGGAAUACGGUGUCCAAAAGUCUUGGACUAAAGUUCUUGUUUUCGAAAAACUGUACGAUUGUGUAGAGGAACUGUGCUGUGAUGUGUAUGAACCAAUUAUGUAUUUGAGUAAUGGGGAAAUCCUGAUGUUAUACAAUAACCGCGCUAUAGUUUGUUAUAAUGGAGAAAGAAAGAGUUUCAGGGAAAUAAAGAUUACUUGGACUCAGGCGCCCUUCGAGGCAAUUGCCUACAGUCCAUCCUUUGUUUCACUCUACAAUGUCUCAAAUGGUGAAGAUAUGAAGAGGUACUAA